AUGGCAAAAGGAGCGCUACAAGGACGCUAUGAAGAACUCCCUGAAGCGUCAUCAAAUAAACACUGCGAUCUAGGUAGAACUCGCGCAGUGCCCAGCUACUUGGCGAAGAACGGUAAACAAUUGGCGUGGAUAUCUGUGAAGCCAGUCCGAUCGCCGCCGUCAAGUCGAAAAGGACGGCUCGAAAGUCUCAAAGUUAACGGACCCACGCUCUCAAUGCCCAACCCCUUCCAACUUGCCCGCGCUGCCAAUUCACCUGCCAUGCAUGCAUCGGCGUGCACCCAAUUCUACGGCAUCAAGCACUUCAAAAGUCCCUCCUGUGUCCAACACUUCGACGACGACCAACUUCACCAUGGAAACCUAAAUAUCCGAUACUCCGCCGCCCUCAUCCGCCGACACCAUCUUCCCUCCUGCGACCUAACGCCUAACCCUCCCCACUCCCUCCGGCGCAUCACCGCUUGUCACCACCCUCAUCACUAA